UUAUUACAAAGUUUGGUGCAUUUCUUUUUAGGGCUUGGAGGCUGUGCUGCCAGAUAAACCAACAAUGGAGCAUAUUAUAAUGCCUGCAAUUGAAGCACUGAACAAGAAUGACAUUGAAGGAGCAAGAAAUCUUUCAAGAAUUGCAAUUCAAACUCUUUUGAUUAGAGGUGUGAAUUUGGUCAUCCUUGGUUUGGACGAGUUCCAAGAACUUCUGCCUCGAGAUGAUCCUCUUCUUAAGAGAUGCCUCGACCCUAUGGAUUCCUUAGCUAGAUCGACGGUCAAAUGGGCACAUUCUGAUGCAAAGAUGGAUGGAAAUUUAACAGGAUUCAGCAAGGUUCGAAAGCGAACUGCCAGCAUAGCCAUUAUCGACAACUUGAUUGGCCCACGAAGAGAUGAGAUGAUGAGCAAUUGCAAAUCUUCCAGGUAUAAUGAUAUAAGCAAGUUCCUCACUUUCAACAUUGAAAUCUUCAGACAAGCUUUGGCCUUUCUCAACUCCUUUGCAAUUUCUGUCUACUUUAGUUGCCGCCGUCUUCUGUGGCUUGUAUUUGGCAAAUGUAAGUGACUUUUUUACAUUUUCUCGAGUGUGCCAUUUAGCGUCUGAGAAAAGAUUUUUGUUUAAGAUAAUCACACAUGAUGUGACAA